AGAAAACCAAAGAGGAAACUCAAAACCAAAUAAUUAUUUUCAAAAAAAAAAAAAAAAAAAACCCCGCUAGAAAAUUAAACAGAGGGAAUACUAACAAGAGAAGAGGGAGUUUGGGAGAUUUCCUUUUUCUUUUUGGGUUUUUGAUGGCGAGCAGCAGAGGCUAUUACUCGAGACCGAACUACCGCUUUCUGUCCAGCGAACAACAACUGCAAUCGCCGUUGAGUCACGACUCGGCGUCGGCAUUUGAGUUAGACGAGUCAGAUAUUUACAACAACGGUGUCUCGACUCGCUCCGACUCGCCUGAGUUCAGGUCCACCAGUCGAGUGGCGAAGAAGCAGUCCAACAAGCGCGGCGGCGGAGGGAAUUCCGUCGUCGGAGGGGCGCCGGCCUCCCUGCCGGUCAACAUACCGGACUGGUCGAAGAUCUUGAGGGAAGAGUACCGAGAUAAUCGGAGGAGAUCGGAGAGCGACGAUAAUGACGUGGAAGCCGAUGAUUGGUCGGAAGGAGGUGUCAGGAUUCCGCCUCACGAGUUUUUGGCGAAGCAAAUGGCGAGGACGAGGAUCGCGUCGUUCUCGGUUCAUGAAGGGGUAGGGAGGACUUUGAAAGGAAGAGAUCUGAGGAGGGUCAGAAACGCAAUUUUUGAAAAAACAGGGUUCCAAGAUUAAAUAUAAUAUAAAGAGUGAGAAAUUUAUUUCUUUUCCCAUAUAAGUUUUUUUUUUUUUGCCACUGCGAUAUGAUCAAGAGGAUCAUUUCCAAAUUUCCAAUCGUGUAAUCUAACUUGGAGAUUUUUAUGAAAUUUUCCAGAGAAAUUUUCGA